GUGUUGCUUAGAACAAUAAAAAUCACAAUGGCUGCGCCCAUAGAUACGAACUGAAAGUAGACGCCCAAGAAGAGUGUACCCAAAAAUCUUUGAUAAAAUCUUGUUGGGAGGAUCAAAACCUGCUACAAUUGUUGGAAACAGGUGUAUUCAAUGGCAGAUAACAACAAGGUCUUGCGAGUUGGAAAAGAAGGCUCUCUUAAGAGAGAAGACUAUGCAACCCUUCGACACAGAAAGGACCCUUGCGUAAAGGAACAUGACAUGGCUUUGAAGUGCCUGGAUGAUGGUGGAUAUGACCGUAGCAAAUGUGAAGACUUUUUUACCAAUUACAGAAAUUGUCGUAAAUUUUGGAAAUUCGUCUCUGAUGACAGAAGGAAGAAGGGCAUAACACCAUACUUGCCUCCCCCUGAGGAACGUGAGCAAGUCAAGACAGAAUAUCUUCAUCAGCUGCAUGACAAACUUUGAAGACUGGUCCUGCAAGUGUAACAGACUUUUGCCUGAUUACUGUGAUUAGGGUCAACUUUGAACAGAGUGUGACUGCUCAUUUUCUGGUUUACUAGACUUUUCCAUUAUAGUGAAUAAUUGUCUGGUAUGCCAUAAAAUGUCUGUUGCUUUGCAAUCAAAGUGAGGUUGGUGUGUCAAGAGUUGAUAUAUUAUUAUGAUGUGAAUGUUAUCAGAAUUGAUGGCAUAAUUCAAAUAUUGGCUAUUAUUAAAAAGGAUAGAAAAAAAAAUGUAAACAGUGUUUGCAGAACAUUCUGCUGAUAAAAGUAGUUUCAGUCUCUGUUUUGCUGUAAAUAAUGUGGAUAAUGAAGUGUCAGCAGAGAGACAGGGAAAGUUUUGAAGCAUGAGAGGGACAAAAAGUAAGAAUGGUUUAGUUUGUGAGUGACACAUGUUGUAAGAGUGAAUGGUUAAAUGAUGUUUAGUGUCUCAGACUUUGAAUUUUUUCAGUUUAGGUGUUCUCACUUACAUUGCCUUGGAUUAAGGCUUUUUCAAGUUUCAAAUACUUUAUUCUUUACAGUACAGGGGACAUUUAUCUCCUGUGUACGGAUGCCUUUAAAACCUUGACUUAUUUGAUGUUUAAAUGGCUGUUUAAAGUAUUUUGGGCUCUGAUUCACCGGUUAUCUGUCUUAUACUUAAAUCUUCACAUUAGUCCCAAGUGGCUGCAAGCUGAGUUUUCUAUACUCAGUGCAAGGGAUGGUCUGAAUUGUUCGGCUUAUUGGUUUAUCUAGACUAUGUUCUUUGAAGUGCACUGUAUGUCUUUUAAAUAUUAAAUUGGUUCUGUGUAUAAGAUACUAAAUGUCUUUUAUGAACUAUUGUUGAACAUCAAUAGAAAAGACCGUAAGCAAUAAAAUAGAAUAAUAAUAGAAAACAGAAAUUAAAAAUGAGUGUUUUAUGAUGAACUGAAAUAGGGUGUUGACUGAGGAACGUUGAAAAAAUUUAUGUAAUUCACCAAUUGUCUGCAGGUUGAGCAAAAGACGUUACAAAAUCACAUGGUUUGAAGUGCAAGUAGGUAUGGGUAUUGUGUGUUGAGUAUAAAAUCUUUUUAUGUUGAGAGGGCCUACUAGACUGUGACAAGCAUUGGUCUUACUAUAUGUCAAAGAAGGGACUUAAACCAUGUUACAAAAAGGAAUGAGAGACUGGUAGUAGUAUAUAUAAUAAUUUUUUUCUUCCUUCACAAUUCUUCCACAUCCACAGAGUAAAGAAGAUAAUGUGUCAAGUCCUAGGUGUAAGUGAUUGUCAGAUGAGCGAAUGAGAUGUAAGAUGUGUCAAAUUUGAGUUGGAUGGAGUUUGAAUAAAAAGUAUAUUUUUUA